AUGGCCAAAUGCAAUAACGAAGAGAAGAUUGAUUCUUGUCCACAGGUUGCUGCUCGGCUUCUUUUUAAGGAGGUUAAAGAAAGUGAUAAAUCUAAUUAUAAUAACAUAUUGUUGUCUCCACUAUCUUUCCACGCCGUACUGAGCAUGACGGCCGCCGGAGCAACGGGAUAUACAUUAAAUCAAAUGCUUCAAUUUCUUGGUGUUAACGAUGUUGUCGAUCUGAAUUCCAACUUCUUAAAUAUGGCUGCUGUUUUUGAGAGCAAUGGGAAUAUUAAUGGUGGCCCUGAUUUGCGUUUCCUUAGCGGAAUGUGCGUACAAUUUGGUGCAGACAUCAUCGUCACUAAAAAAUCUUCAAAUCGAACCAUAAACAAAGACUUUUAUCUACUCAACGGAGACGAAGUUUCAGUUCCAUUCAUGACUGGCUGCUACGAUUUUCAUUAUGGAUCAUAUGAAGGUUAUCAAGUUGCUAAAAUUCCAUACUUUAUUGGAAAAGAUAAUAAAGAGUUCUCUAUGUUUGUUUUCCUUCCAAAUGAAAAAGAUGGAUUGCUUAGCUUAUUGGAAAAAUUAAUUUCCGAUCCAAAAUUCUUUACCCAAAAGUACAGGCUUCAGAAGGAAGAACUUGACGCAUUCUUCAUUCCAAAGUUCAAAUUCUCAUACACUGCAAUGGAUGAAGUGAUAAAAACAAUGAAGGAAAUGAGAUUGACUCUACCUUUUGACGAAGACUGCGAAGAGAUUACUUGGAUUGUAGAAACUAAAGGGCCAUUCGUUAUCAAUAGGAUAUUACAAAAAACAUUUAUUGAAGUAAAUGAGAAAGGUACUGAGGCAUCAGCUGUUACUGAGGAGUCAGAUGAUGACUUGGGAUUUUCAUUGUAUGAUUUAACACCACCACCUCGUCCAACGUUUGUAGCAGAUCACCCUUUCUUGUUCAUGAUAAGGGAAGAGGUUUCAAGAUUGGUACUUUUCACUGGAGCUGUAUUAAAUCCUUUGAGUGAAUCAAAUAAUUCAGAUAAUUAG